GUCAUAGAGCAGGAAGUGUCUCCCAGAUACAGCGGCAGGAAGAUAGGAGGAGCCUCUCCCUACCCCGCCCAUCAUCUCCACAACACAGCACGGAUGGAGCACAUCAGGACCACCAAGGUGGAGCAGGUGAAGUUAUUGGAUCGCUUCAGCCCUAGCAACAAAUCUUCUUCUGGGACUCUGUAUCUCACUGCCACCCACUUAUUGUUUAUAGACUCUCAGCAGAAGGAAAUCUGGAUUCUACACCAUCACAUUGCUGCGGUGGAGAAGCUAGCUCUCACAACUACCGGCUGCCCUUUAGUGAUACAAUGCAAGAAUUUUCGAGUGGUCCACUUUAUAGUUCCCAGGGAGAGGGACUGUCAUGACAUCUUCAACUCUCUGCUACUGCUGUCAAAGCCAGUGCGAUAUGCUGAUAUCUACGCAUUUUCUUAUAAUCCUAAACAAAAUGAGAAGGAACAAAUUCUUGGAUGGCAGUGCUUAAACCUGAAAGAAGAGUAUCAGAGAAUGGGCGUCCCUAAUUCUUACUGGCAACUGUCUGAUGUCAAUAGAGAUUACAAGGUGUGUGAGACGUAUCCACGAGAAUUGUAUGUGCCAAUUACAGCAAGCAAGCCGAUCAUUGUGGGGAGCUCAAAGUUUAGAAGUAAAGGGAGAUUCCCAGUGUUGUCCUAUUAUCAUCAGGAGACACAGGCAGCUAUUUGCAGGUGCAGUCAGCCUUUGUCUGGCUUUAGUGCGAGAUGUCUGGAGGAUGAACACAUGCUGCAAUCUGUUAGUAAAGCCAAUCCUGGGUGCAGGUCAAUGUAUGUCAUGGAUACCAGGCCUAAGCUGAAUGCCAUGGCAAACAGAGCAGCAGGCAAGGGGUAUGAGAAUGCAGAUAAUUACUCCAACAUUAAAUUUCAGUUUGUUGGAAUUGAGAACAUUCAUGUAAUGAGAUCGAGUCUGCAGAAACUCUUGGAAGUUUGCGGGUCUAAAAACCUCUCUGUAAGUGACUUUUUCAAUGGCUUAGAGAACUGUGGAUGGCUCCGCCACAUCAAAGCAGUGAUGGAUGCUUCUGUCUGCUUAGCCAAGGCUAUAUAUGAGGAGAAUACCAGCGUACUGGUACAUUGUUCUGAUGGCUGGGACCGUACAUCACAAGUCUGUGCGUUGGGAUCAUUAUUGAUGGAUUCUUUCUACAGAACCAUCAAAGGCUUCAUGGUGCUGAUUGAGAAAGACUGGAUAUCAUUUGGCCAUAAAUUUUCUGACAGAUGUGGGCAAUUAUAUGGCGAUUCUAAGGAGGUUUCUCCGGUGUUCACACAGUUUUUAGAGUGCGUCUGGCAUCUCACUGAGCAGUUUCCUCAGGCUUUUGAAUUUAAUGAAGCAUUCCUUCUCCACAUACACGAGCAUGUACAUUCCUGUCAGUUCGGAAACUUCAUAGGAAAUUGUGAAAAGGAGCGGGAAGAAUUGAGAUUAAAGGAGAAGACGCACUCAUUGUGGGCACAUCUUCUUGGUGAACGCAGCAAAUAUCAGAAUCCUCUGUUUGAUCAGAGCUCCCUCAAGAGCCAGCCCGUCCUGGAGCCAAACACCAUCCAUUCCAGCUUCAAAUUCUGGAGGAACAUGUAUCACCAGUUUGACUUGACACUGCAUCCCAGACAGUCUGUUGCCAAUUUACUUGUAAAAAUAAGUGCUGAAAACAAAGCUUUGGAGGAUGAAUUGAAACAACUACAACUGAAAAUGAGCAAUCUUACCAAAGGAGGUGAAUAUGCUGGAAACAGCUGCGUCAGCUCUCCUACCACAGAGUAUAUCAGCUCUCCAACCACUGAGUAUAUCAGCUCUCCUACAACAGAGUUUCCCAAACUGAAUGAAUCUCCGUGUUACGAGAAGGAGCAAGUUCUUCACCCCCUGCAGGACUCUGUUCAAACCAUAGAUGGCAACACUGCAAAAGACAACCGCUAUACUGAAUAUUCACAGGAGCCGUCUAAAGAAGAGCCCUCGUUUGUCAGUCUGGAGUUUGGAGUUGCUAAAAUGAGAGUCAGUUAGAUGUUGACUGUGCUAAAAGUGCCUUGUGAGUUCACAAAAUCCCUUCUAGCACAUAAAAGGCUGUCAUUGGGCAUAAUACUACUCAGUCAAUAGAGAAAGAAAAGCCCAAAUUGACUUUUAGCUAGAUGGACUGAAGACUCUACCUUGUGAGUGGCCGUUAUAUAACCGUUGGGUAACUCCAUCUAGGUAGAGCAGGAUUCUAAAGUUGCAUUUUUUUAAGGAAUCAAGCUUCCGAAAUUGCAUUUAUUUAGAAGCGGACGAUGUUUGUACUGUAUAACUCCAGUUUACAUUGAUCAUCUGUAUUCCACAUACAGUCAGGUUCUCCUAAUGGAGCAUCUAAAGGCCUUCAUAGUAUGUGUGAAAAUGUUUAAAGGAAAAUUGCUUCUGUUGGCCGUAGCAACCAGUUCCCUCUUUAAUGUUCAUGCCUGUGUGCCAUUUUGAUGUUGAUUGGUUGGUACAGAAAGAAUUCCUCUUUUUGACUUAUCUGUACAUACAUAGGGUUCUUUGUGUCUUCAGGGUGUCUUGUAGUUUUCACUGGACUUAGCUUGUCUAUAAUCUGUUUGUAAACUGUGUAGAUCAUAUUUUGGUGUAUGUAGCCGUAUCGAUACCGCAAAAGCCUUGAGAGCUUGUAAAGACUUGGGAAGACCAGGGACUGCAGGCCAAAAGUGAUUGUAUUCAUUGUGAGUUGGCGACACAAAGCUAAGCUAUCACUUAAUGCCUUUGUGUAUUGAGCCAUAGAGCUCUGUAUAGUUCUCCUACAGCUGCUGCUAAGGCUUUUCCCUAACGGAAGGAAUAUAUAAUGCCCCCCACAUCCCCAUUUUAGCUUUUGUGUACUCUAAAGAGGUAAUAAUAAUGAGGACCUGUUAUUUUCUAUGUACUAGCCCCCAAUACCCUAAGACCUAGGGGUGUUUCUGUGUCCCCCCUUGUGCUUGGCAUGUAGGUUUUAAAUCCCCUGCAAGUAGUAUGUGAAUACUGAUGACUGGGGAUUGCCUGGCGGGCAGACUGAACGCAAAAACAUUUGCAUAGAUUGUGCCCGGCUUAUGACUCGUCCGUGACUUUGCCCAAGUAGACCUAUAAGUGCAUAAUACUCCUGUUCCUAAUAUCCAGCAGGUCCUCUUUAAUAUCACCUAGAUUGCCAGGAAGAAGGCAGGUUGUAUCAAAUAAUCAGCAAUGCAUAUGGUACAAGUUUUCACUUAUAGCAAUAAUGCUCCUAAAACUCAAAUUGGCUCAUUAAACCUAUCCAGUAUGUAAAAAGUUUGUACUAACUUUGUAGUGACAAAUAUCAUACAGCCUUAUUUAGCAAAGCAAUACAAAGUGUGAAUGCUAUCUACAAAGUACAAUAAUCCUGAAAAUCCAAUUACCAGAUCGGGUCAGAGCUUCUUUUGUUUGGUUGCUGAAGGUUACUAACCCGUUACAUAUCAAUUAUACUUUGUAGUGCUUUAUUAAGCAAGGCAUGUUGUGUGUAAUUCGCUAUUUUAGGCUGAGGAGCAACAAAAGGGGGGUCUAAAAUAUAGAAAUAUUGCACUAGUGGCCACUGAAAUGUUCUACCAUGAAAAGAAAUGUCAGUUUUUGGAGUAUUUAAAUGGUAAUGUGCCAUGGAAAGAGCUGGACCCUUUCACUGCUCAGUCAUUUUGUUUAAAAAAUGAGUCGUCUUCAUUUAUCUAUCU